UUAAAUCACAGUUACCACUGUGUUUAUGUUUGUCAAUUUGUAUUCAUUUAGUAUAACCCAAAGUCUACAUUGUGCAAUUCAAAAACAAAUAACACAGAAAUACGCGGAAAAACAAUAUGCCUUCUGUUACAAGGGAAAAGAUGGGAAGUCGAUCAACCCAAGGUCGUGGCACCCAAAAUGCAUUCAUCAACUUCAUGGCCUGUUUCAAGCAGGUGAACAGUUGGAUGCAAGGCAGUCAACUUGAGUAUUUAGCCAGGUUAAGAUGGGCAGAGCUCAGCAAAAGUCAGCAUCGGAAGUUCGAUUUCGAUAAAAACAAAUUUGACAUGCCACGCAGGCUGGAAAUGGUACCCUUUAAACAGAUUACGGAAAAACCUACGAAUGGGAAAGUACAGAAGGAUGUGUUGGUACUUAAAAGUCCCACGAUCUUGCGUUAUUCAAAAUCGUCGAUAUUAAGCGACCAUUGCUCAGUAAAGACAGUUGAUGGGGAAGACAUUAAUUCGGAUUCUAAUAUUUCAUCACAAGGCCAUGUGGACUUUGAGAAAACGAAGGAGUUGCCAAUGGUUGAUUUUUCUAGCACUGAUAUUAUUGAAAUAUCCAGUACUUCCAUCACUGUGGAGGAUAAACCCUUUGCCAACUUUCUCCUGGAUUUUUACGUUGCUCAUGACACCGAGGAAAAUGUGCACGAAGUUGCUGUUAAAUGGGCCCAAAUGUCGGACAAACAAAGGGAAGUUUAUGAAGCCGAGAACUAUGUCCUUAAGCUUUUUUCAAAGCGCUAUAAUUGUGAUGAUAUUUUCGAUCCAGUUAAGACGCCAAUGGAUGUUGAUACUAAUAUAAAUCACAAGAGCUCCGUGGAUAAUGAGAUUAAGAAGACAAAACCAAGAGCCAACCGGCAAAAUAAGAAGGAGAACAUAUCGACCCAAAAGCCGCGAAAACCCGUCAAACGGCUCAGUGCAAAAGUAAAGCCGGUCAAAAAUUCCUCAAAAAAUGGGGUUUUUUCUUCGGUUUCUGCAGAAUUCCGUAAUCGCACAACCAGUAGUUGCUCGGAUUGUGAUAGUACCCAUCUUGCUGAUUGUUAUUUAAUUGAACCACGAAAUGAUCCCGAGGAAUCCUAUGAGGCUUUACUGCCGAAAUCAAGAACCAAGCGUGUAAGGAAGAUCGAGAAGAAAUCCACCAAAAUCAAAAGAAAUAUUCGUCCAUCAGUUUUAGUUCCAGUCUGCAAAAACAGUAGUUUAUCGGCCUACAAAAAUUUCUUGCGUCAAUUCCGGCGAAAAAAUCCGGGUCGACUAAUCGUUGAGUGCGAUUCCAUCUGGCGCAAAAUGACCCCUCGCGAAAAGAAACUGUUCCGAUGAAACAACACUAUAACGCUUCUCAAAAUUAAUGAAGUAUACCAGCAAAACAAACUAAAUUAGUAGAAAUGUAUAAUUGUUUCAUAAUUUUUAUAAGCUCAUGACUGUGUUUGAAAUAAAUACGUAUUAUAUAUUU